GUUGCCAAUAGUUGGGAUCCGGUGAGGGUACUCGGUGUGUAUUAUGGGGAAAGCAGAUUUUCUCUCUCCGAAGGCGAUAGCCAACCGGAUCAAGUCGAAAGGACUGCAGAAACUGCGCUGGUACUGUCAGAUGUGCCAGAAACAGUGCAGGGAUGAGAAUGGCUUCAAGUGUCACUGUAUGUCAGAGUCCCAUCAGCGGCAGCUGCUUCUCGCUUCUGAAAAUCCGCAGCAGUUUAUGGAUUAUUUUUCUGAUGAAUUUCGACGUGAAUUUUUAGAAUUGCUGGGAAGACGUUUUGGUACCAAAAGAGUGCACAACAAUAUAGUGUACAAUGAAUACAUCGGCUAUCGAGAGCACAUUCACAUGAAUGCCACACAGUGGGAGACCCUCACCGACUUUACCAAAUGGCUGGGCAGAGAAGGUUACUGUAAAGUGGACGAGACACCAAAGGGCUGGUACGUCCAGUACAUAGAUCGGGAUCCAGAGACAAUACGCAGACAAGAGGAGCUAGAGAAGAAGAAGAGGCAGGACUUGGAUGAUGAAGAGAGGGCGGCAAAGUUUAUUGAGGAGCAAGUUAAGAGAGGCAUUGAGGGAACAGAACCGAGUGUUCCUGUUUACACAGAAUUAAGCAGAGAAAGUGAGGAAGAAAAAGUUGCUUUCAAUUUGAGCAAAGGUGCGAGUACUUCUGGAGUAACGUCUAAGCCAAGUUCACUUGUCUCCAAUGUCCUCAAAGCAUCAGCAACAGCGGGGUCCGUGAAACGGAAAGACCCCAGCCAGAGCACAAGCCAGGGGAAGGAGAAGAAGAAGAAAUCUGCUCUGGAUGAGAUAAUGGAGAUGGAAGAGCAGAAGAAAAAAUCAGAGCGAACAGAUAAUUGGCUGCAACCUGAUAUUGUUGUAAAAAUUGUAACAAAAAGGUUAGGAGAUAAGUAUUACAAGAAGAAAGCUGUAGUGAAGGAAGUGGUUGACAGAUAUACAGCGAUAGUGAAACUUGUUGAUUCAGGUGAUAAACUGAAACUGGACCAGACACAUCUAGAAACUGUUAUUCCAGCACCAGGAAAGAAACUACUUAUAUUAAAUGGUGGAUACAAGGGCAAUAUAGGCGUUCUGGAUUCUAUAAACGAAAAGAGUUUUUCAGCCACAAUAGUUAUUGACUCAGGUCCAUUAAAAGGAAGAAAGCUGGAAGGUGUCCCUUAUGAAGAUAUUUCCAAACUGGCCUGAUCUGUACAUAAACUGUCAUCUUACUGAAGAAGAUUCUGCUGGGAAAAUAAAAGCUCUACUAUGUCAGGGUUCUAUUUCUCCGUGUUGCACAGUUUAGCUUUCUGGUGGCCUCGUCUGGGAGCAAAAUAGACUGUAAACUGAUAGCAUUUUUCCUAAAACUUUGUAGGUUUAUACAUUUUAUUUUUUAAGUGCCCUACAGAAUAUUAUACCAGUCGUGCUUCGGCUGUAAUGUAAUAAACUAAAGUUUUUGUUUUUUUACUAUUUGAUAAUGAAGUGCUUUUUUCUAUUUUUCACAAUUUUUCCAAUGAUAGAAAACUGCAAUAUGGUAGAAUAAACUGAAAAACACUCAGGAUGCUACAUUACGCUGUCGUUACUAAACCUUCAAGUUAUGGAAAUGUGAGCAGAUGAAGAAACCUCUAGUGAAAGUGAAUGAGGCAACAGCUUUAACUAUUUUAGUAUCAAAAAUAUGUGUGUGCGUCAAAAUGAUGACAAAUUAUAGUGAAAGUGGAAAAUGUGUCUCUUGUCAGGACAAGCACUGAAAGAUUUCCAACGUGAAUAAAAAAAGCAAAAUGUAUGCACAAUAUAUAAUAGUUUUGAGUGCUGGAAAAGAUAUGAAUUUCUGUAAAAGUGACAUUGUAGUGAAAUAAUGAAAUGCUUUAUUUUAUUAGCAUUUAACUCACACUUCUUGUUGGGCACUCUAUGGGGUUAAACACACUGGAAAAGUUCCACUUUGAAACCACAAGCACUGCUACUCUGGUGCUGAAUACAACCUGUGAUUGGUGGAUUUGUGCGAUUGCUACUGGCAUUUAGCGCCUCGGCUGUUUCCUUUGUGGAGGUUAAACACAGACUUUCCCAGUGGGCAGUGCACAGUUUACAUACUGCAAUGAAUGUCAUUUUUGCACUACAAUGUAAUUUUUGAAGAGACGGUAAACAAAUUGAGAUUUUAAAAUAAAUGUUAUGUAUUAAUGAAACAA